UAUAUAUAUAUAUAUACACUAUGUUUUCGUUGUUUGGCAAACGUAAGCCAGCUGAGACACCGACUGAGGAGGCCAUUCAGGGCCCAACGGAUGUACCGAAGCAAAGCAUCGGCGAUGAUUUCAUAUUUGUGGAACGCAAAACUGACGCAGAUCCCGUAACAUUGCCCGGUGGAAUGAUGUAUCCACCCAUUCCGCAGUCAGCAUACGGCCGAAUGCCCUAUCCGCCGCCCCUUGGUCCCAAACCCACAAUGGGAACGGGGCCCAAUCAAAACGCACCUAUCAAUUAUCUGCAGGACAUUCCGUUUGAGCUGUCGCCGCAACUAACCAGCAAGGAUGGCUUUAAUGGAGCCCAGUCGCAAGUAGACGGUAUCUUGGCUUUAUUGACGCGUCAAAUGUCCGUGGACGCGAUGGCUGAGGAGUACACAUUCACCCUGGAGCGUUCUGUGCAAAACGAUUGUUUCUGAAGUGACGUCAAUAAAUUGAAAACUAAUUAUACUCUUAUAACUAUAGAAUAAAUUUAGAAUUGUUGCGAUUGGCCAGUUAGUAAUGUAUUAUUAAGAACAAUGACAAGUUGAUUACAGCACUAUUUACAGAAGA